AUGGCCCAAGACAGCGAUGCGCCUAAGGCGGUGGACAAGGGCAAGGGAAAAGCUGUCGAUGACUCCAAGGAUGAGAAACCUUUGUUGAAUGGCAGGAAGGAAGAUGACAAGAAAGAUGCCGCCGAGGAGGAGCUGAGUGAGGAAGACCAGCAGCUUAAAAGCGAACUUGACAUGAUGGUGGAGCGACUGACAGAAUCUAAUACCGAGCUCUACAAAACGGCAUUAGAGGCUAUGAAGACUUCGAUAAAGACGUCGACAUCAUCAAUGACAGCAGUACCGAAGCCGUUGAAGUUUCUACGACCACAUUACGAGACCUUGACCAAGCUGUACGAAGAAUGGCCCGCUGGGGAGAACAAGACUUCGCUUGCGGAUGUUCUAUCUGUCAUUGGCAUGACCUUUUCCGACGAAGACAAGCAAGACACACUCAAAUAUCGACUACUCGCUCCGACUUCCGACAUUUCGUCGUGGGGACACGAAUAUGUGCGACAUCUGGCCCUGGAAAUCGGUGAAGUGUACGGCAAGCGAAUUACUGCUGACGAGUCAACAACGGACCUAAUUGACCUUGCUCUGAUUCUGGUGCCACUUUUCAUCAAGAGCAACGCCGAAGCCGACGCAGUUGACCUCAUGAGUGAACUGGAAAUUAUUGAACAGAUUCCAAAGUUCGUCGACGAGAAUACCUAUGCUAGGGUCUGCUUAUACAUGGUUAGCAUGGUCAACCUGCUUACUUACCCUGACAACGAGACGUUCCUCCGAACCGCCCACAACAUUUAUAUGGAGUACAAGCAAUUCACUCAAGCUAUUGUCCUUGCUAUCCGAUUGCACGACGUAGACCUCAUCAAAGCCGAUUUCGACAAAGCUGACAACCCAAUUCUGCAAAAGCAGCUUGCUUUCCUUGUUGCCCGCCAAAGAAUAGUAUUGGAUUUGCCGGAGAACAAUGAGGAUGAGCAAGUGAUCUCGGAGUGCGCUUCGAAUCUUAAGCUGUCGGACCACUUCAAGUCUCUUGGCAAGGAGUUGAAUAUUCUGGAUCCCAAGACCACCGAAGAUAUUUACAAAAGCCACCUGGAGAGCAGUCGGGUGGCUGGCAUGACUAACCUUGACUCGGCUAGACACAACCUGGCUGCCGCUUUUGUCAACGCAUUUGUCAAUGCUGGUUUCGGUAACGACAAGAUGAUGUUGGUAGAGGGUGAAAAGGAGAGCUGGGUGUGGAAGACAAAGGCAGAUGGCAUGAUGUCGACCGUUGCUUCCAUGGGCACUUUGUUGCUUUGGGACAUUGAGAAUGGGCUCGAUAAGAUCGACAAGUACACAUACUCCUCCGAGCCGGAAAUUUCGGCCGGAGCUAUGCUGGCGAUUGGUAUCAUGAAUUCGGGUGUGCGCCUUGACUCCGAGCCUGCGUUGGCUCUUCUGGGCGAUGCAGACAAGUUGCACCACUCGAAUCCCUUAAUUCGAACAGCUUGCAUUAUGGGCUUGGGUCUGUCCUAUGCCGGUUCGAAUAAGGAGGAUUUGCUCGAGCUUCUAUUGCCCAUUAUUAGCGAUUCAUCGCAAGACAUGCAGAUUUCCGCAAUGGCCGCUCUCUCAUGUGGCCUGAUUUUUGUUGGCUCUUCUCACCCAGACGUUACGGAAGCUAUUGUUACAACGUUGAUGGAUGAUGAGCGAAAGAACCAGUUGACCGAUAAAUGGACUCGCUUCUUGGCGUUAGGAUUGGGUUUGCUAUUCUUUGGCCGGCAAGAAGAGGUGGAUGUGAUUCUGGAGACACUCAAAGCUGUGGACCACCCCAUGGCCAAACCAACUGCUGUUUUGGCAGAGAUUUGCGCCUGGGCGGGCACCGGAGCAGUCCUCAAGAUCCAAGAGUUGCUCCAUAUCUGCAAUGAGCACAAGGAAGAAUCGGAGGACAAGAAGGGUGAUGAGCUUCUGCAGGCGUAUGCCGUCAUUGGUAUUGCCUUGGUGUCCAUGGGCGAGGACAUCGGCCAGGAAAUGGUCUUGAGACAGUUUGGUCAUCUUAUGCAUUAUGGCGAGGCGAACAUUCGAAAGGCAGUUCCGCUGGCAAUGGGUCUCAUCAGCCCCAGCAACCCACAGAUGAAGGUCUACGAUACACUCUCAAGAUACAGCCACGAUAACGAUCCCGAAGUCGCCAUCAACGCCAUCUUUGCCAUGGGAAUGCUCGGUGCAGGAACCAACAAUGCCCGUCUGGCACAGCUGCUGAGACAGCUUGCAAGCUAUUACCAUCGCGACCAGGAUGCUCUCUUCAUGGUCCGCAUUGCACAGGGCUUGUUGCACAUGGGCAAAGGUACCUUAUCCAUCAACCCCUUCCACACCGACCGCCAGGUCCUUUCCCAGGUCUCCACGGCCGGACUUUUAGCCACCAUGGUUGCCUUGAUCGACCCCAAGGAGUUUAUCACUGGCAGCUCCCACUACCUGCUCUACUUCCUCGUCACCGCCAUGCAUCCUCGCUUCCUUGUCACGCUGGACGAACAGCUCAAGCCGCUCAAGGUCAAUGUACGUGUUGGUCAGGCAGUGGAUGUCGUGGGACAAGCCGGUCGACCCAAGACCAUUACUGGAUGGCAAACACAGAGCACGCCUGUGCUACUGGGCUAUGGUGAGCGAGCAGAGCUUGAGGAUGAGGAGUAUAUCAGCCUGAAUGGCACUUUAGAGGGCUUGGUGAUCCUCAAAAAGAAUCCAGAGUGGGAAGACGGACAAUAA